AGGAAAUACUGCACAGUAUGAUUGUGCUUGUUUAUUCAAAUGUAUCUCCGUGAAAUAAUACUGUUUCGGUAGCCCUAUUCUACGGGAACAUGGCGGAGGCGGUCGUUACAGGAGGUGAGUGUGGCUCAGCUCCGCCUGACGUGACCGACUCGUUCCCUAGCGAGGAAUACGAGUGCACAAUAUGCUACAACUACUUCGACCUGGGCCGCCACACUCCCAAACUGCUGGCCUGCUCCCAAACCUUCUGCCAUGAGUGCCUCGACGCUCUGCACUUCCGUGGGUGUCGUGGAUGGAGAAUCGGCUGCCCCGUGUGUCGCCACCGAACUCCGGUGCCGGAGUACCGUGUGCACAACCUCCCCGACAACAGCGCGUUGACUCAGUUGCUCCCGCUUAAAAAUCACGAGCCCUUGGACUCAUCCUUCACAGAUGUCCAGACAGUUUCAGCCGCGUAUUCAGCCACCUCCCAGGAGAGCAACGCCAGCUGUCAGACUUGCAAACAAGUUGCGUUCAUGACCGGCUGCGUGUGCGCCAUCUUUUCUUUCAUGUCGGUGCUCUUAUUUCUGGGGCUCAUCUUUGUGCAUAACUUCAAUCACACGUCGUGGCUCGUCGGCCCUCUCUGUCUGUUUGUUGCCAGUGUCCUAGUCCCGUUUUGACUCAUCCUCACUUGGUUAAUGUGCAUGCUGAAGUACAGACCUGAAACUGAAGACAGCAGUUUCCUCACUUCUAAUGUGAUGUGAUCAUCUGGCUGCGAAUGGAUACAUUAGCCAUAUUAGUAUAAUUAAAGGGAAAUGUGUUUAUUUAUUUCAGUGUGCUAAGGUGCCCAUAUGAUAUAUAGAUGCUUCAGUGUUUGUGAAGGAUGAAUGACUUGCAUUUGGAAAAGGAUAGGUGUUAAAAUGAAAAUGAUCGUUGGCUGGAUUCCAUUAGCUGCUUGUGUUUCAGGGUUAUGGUGUUGUGCAUGCUGGUUCAAGGUCACACUCUCUUGACUUACUGGGGCACUCGAGUUAUUGUUAAAGUUAUAAGGUAGGGUGAGUUGCCCUAAUGUGGGACACGCCCUAAUGUGGGACACCUAAGCUCAAAUGGGUGUAGGUCUUCCGCAAACAAAUGAGAGUCAAUGAAACUAUGGGUUAACACAAGCUGUGAUGUCAUGCGAUCAAAAUCACAUGACUUCUCAAAUAUCCAAUCACAGAUGAGGGUGGAAAAACCUUUAAACAGGAAGUACCAUGUGUGAAGACCACCCAAUUGUCAAUGACAUAGCGUUUUGACAAAUUUAAUGUUAAGGUUUUAAAAUUCGUAUAAAUAAAACAAUCUUUCAAAUUGUUAUCAGGAUGUGUUUAUGAUAUGUUUGUUCAUCAGAACAUAUUAUAAUAUGGUGUAAAUAUACUCUAUAUUUUUUAUUUCAAUCAAAUGUUCUAUCGCCCCACUUUAGGAAACAUGUUUCGCAAAGUGGGACAGUAUGAUUUGCCUAAUGUGGGACAGGUCUAAAAGGGGCAUGGAUUGUGCAAGAGCAAUGGUUAUUUACAGGGCUUUAGUCUUCUAAUGCAGUAUUUUAGAUAUUUAAGGUGAAGGGCAAAUCAUAUUAAAUAAUUGGGGGUGGCUGCAUCUCUGUUAAAAUGGUAUGACAAAGUCAGAGAUAAUGUUAGGGAUUAAUGUCUGAGUUUAAGAGAUGGCAAUUAAUUUAAGCCCAAAUAUUCAUAGUAAUUUAAUAAAUCCUUCCAACACACAUUGUAAAAAAAUAGCCUAAGUUAAGAAAUCAUUCCAAUAUGUGCUAUAGGUCAGUAAAAAAAAAAAA